AUGACUGUCAUCCAAUGCCAAUCCAGCUGUGCUGAGAGGGGCUACCCGUUUGCUGGGCAUGACUAUGGUAGAGGGUGCUACUGUGGCCAUGCCAUCCAGACACCAAACACUAUACAGGGUAACUGCUACAGCUGCUGGGAAGAUCCAGCAAGUGCCUGUACAGAAACCAACAGAAUGCCAAUCUACCAUUUGGAACUGAGUCAAGAUUCACCUUACAACUAUAAAAACACAAUUUUCAAAGGCUGCUUUAAGACACCAGACAAUUCAACCAAGGCAUUUCCACUCAUAGCCUUCAUGCCUGCAAUGUCUGUAGGAAAAUGUGUAGACUUCUGCACUGAAAGGAAACUUUCCCUGGCAGUUCUGGCAGGCCAGCAGUGCCUCUGUGGGUUUUCCACCAUACACUUUCCCCUGCACGUGCAGGAGAACAUAAACAGGUGCCUGUAUCACUGCCCUGGACAGCCACAUGAAAACUGUGGAACACAAAUGUACAAUGUGGUGUAUCAGACUGAGGUGCAAGACCAUCGCUGUACAGACAUAAGUUUCCUCUUUGCUCAACCAAAGCAGCUUAUGGCCUUGGCAAGCUUCCCUGGGUCGGGAAACACCUGGGCGCGUCACCUCAUCGAACUUGCAACAGGAUUCUAUACUGGAAGUUACUAUUUUGACAGAUCCCUCUAUGACAAAGGAUUUAAAGGAGAAAAGGAUAACUGGAAGAGUGGGAGAACUAUCUGCAUUAAGACCCACGAGAAGGGCAAACAGGAGAUCGAGGCAUUCGACUCAGGCAUCCUCCUGAUUCGAAACCCCUACAGAACCCUUAUGGCAGAGUUCAACCGCAAAUAUGGAGGCCAUAUUGGAUUUGCACCCAUGCUUUUGUGGAAAGGAGAAACAUGGGCCAAGUUUGUGGAGGUGUAUGCAGACUUGUGGGCCUCACACACUUUAGCCUGGCUGAACUACAGCGAGCAACUAUACGUGGUGUAUUAUGAGGAGCUGAGGAGGGACAUGUUUAUUCACCUGAAAGGCCUUGUGCUCUUCCUGGGCCUGCCGCUGUCUGUGGACCGUCUGCUUUGUACAGAGAGCCAAAAAAAGGGCACGUUCAGGCGCUCGGGCUUGAUCAGGCUGGAGUAUGACCCAUUCACGGCAGACAUGCGAACCAGCAUUGAUUACCUUGUCAAGAGAGUGGACCUCGCGCUCAGAGCGAAGAAUUUUACUGGGGUGCCGAAUGAGUAUCACCUCAGGUAAAUGGACAGUGGUAGUCAAGCA